UUCCUAAUGAGCGCGGUCCGGCAACGAUAUGUUGCAGGUUAAAAAUAUUUAAAUUUAUCAUUUUGUUAGCGAACUCUAGGAUUUUUUAACGGAAGCUUAAGAUAGAAUGUUAGUAGCACGAUCCAGAGUCUGUUAUAGAUAUUUUUUUAGUUAAAAUCUUGAUGAAACUACGGAAAACCGCUGAAAACCAGUGUUACCAAAACGCGAAGGCCGAAAUAUACACUGUUUAGAUUCAAAAGUAAUGGGUAUUUUGCAGAUCACCGCCAAAAGUUUAACAACUGAUAAUGUAAAUAACAAAUCAUCAUUAACAAACAUUUAUUAUUGCCGGUCAUUCUAUAUUCCCCGUUAAAAUCUGAUGAAAUUAUCUACUUGCCAAGGAGCAACCAACCACAAAUAUUAACCAAGAACUUGUGGCGAAUAGUUGGUUAACAAUGGUGCCAAAUUUACUUAACAUUUGGAGACGUGGCCUCCACACGAGUUCCGCCCGGUUGCAGAUUGUCCAAGGCGCCACGCCCACUAAACGAGUGUGCAUUGUGGGCGCCGGACCCGCUGGCUUCUAUGCCGCUCAACUGAUCCUCAAGCAACUGGACGAUUGCGUGGUAGAUGUGGUCGAGAAGUUGCCAGUUCCCUUCGGACUCGUGCGCUUUGGCGUUGCACCCGAUCAUCCAGAGGUCAAGAACGUAAUCAACACCUUCACCAAGACCGCCGAGCAUCCGCGUCUGCGUUACUUUGGAAACCUAUCGCUGGGCACGGAUGUGAGCCUGCAGGAGCUAAGGGAUCGAUAUCAUGCCGUGCUGCUUACCUACGGUGCGGAUCAGGAUCGGGAGCUGGACCUGGAGAACGAGCAGCAGGGUCAUGUAAUAUCUGCCCGGAAGUUCGUGGCCUGGUAUAAUGGCUUGCCGGGUGCGGAGAACCUCGCUCCGGAUCUCAGUGGUCGCGAUGUUACGAUUGUGGGUCAGGGCAACGUUGCUGUAGAUGUAGCCCGAAUGCUGCUCAGUCCCCUGGACUUCCUAAAGACUACAGACACCACAGAGUACGCCUUGGAAGCUCUAUCUCGCAGUCAGGUGGAGCGAGUGCAUCUUGUGGGUCGGCGUGGGCCCCUCCAGGCCGCCUUCACCAUAAAGGAGCUGCGAGAGAUGCUUAAGCUGCCCAACGUGGACACACGCUGGCGAACCGAUGAUUUCUCAGGAGUUGAUCUGCAGUUGGAUAAACUGCAGCGUCCUCGCAAACGACUCACCGAACUAAUGCUCAAGAGUCUGAAAGAGCAGGGCAGAACUUCCGGCUCCAAACAGUUCCUGCCCAUCUUUUUGCGGGCUCCAAAAUCGAUUUGCCCAGGGGAAAUGGAAUUCUCCGUGACAGAACUCCAACAAGAGGCAGCAGUAGCCACCAAUUCCACGGAGCGUCUUCCCUCGCACUUGAUCCUGCGCAGCAUUGGUUACAAAUCCAGUUGUGUGGAUUCAGGCAUCAAUUUUGACACCCGCAAAGGCCGUGUUCACAACAUUGACGGUCGCGUUCUUAAGGAUGAUGCUUCAGGAACAGUGGACCCUGGUCUCUAUGUUGCCGGCUGGCUGGGAACUGGACCCACUGGCGUCAUUGUGACCACCAUGAGCGUUGCCUUUGCGGUGGCCAAAAACAUCUGUGAUGACAUAACUGUGAACGUUGUGGACACUAGUUCAGCAAAACCUGGAUACGAUGCAGAUGAAAAACAAGUAGUCACUUGGGAUGGCUGGCAGCGCAUCAACGAUUUUGAGAGCCAAGCGGGAAAAGCGAAAGGAAAGCCACGCGAAAAGAUCGUUAGCAUCGCGGAAAUGCUGCGAGUGGCGGGCGUUUGAUGUCAAUGUUCCAUUGGUGGUGGUUGACAAUAGUCGCUUUAAGAACAAAUCUAGCAAUCAUUAAUUUAUAUGUCGUUUGAGGCCUUUGUUAUGCAUUGUAAAUAUAAAACUCAUUUAUAAAACACUUGUAAAUCUA